AUAAAAGGCUUUCAUUAUUUACUGAGUGCUUGUUUAUAUUAUUUGAAUUAAAUAAAUGCGAAUCAAGCCAAAGUUUAUCAACAACAAAUGGAGCUCACGACAAUGCUAGACAUGGCCAAUGCGGUCGAUGUAAGCCGAAUCAAGAUGGAGGCUGUGGACUGCAAUGCUGCUGCUGCUGUUGCUGCUGCUCCUUUACAUAUUUUACCAGAGCAAUUAAAUUGGCAAUUGGCGCAGAGCAGCACCGCCGCGGAAUGCAUCAAAAUGGAGCAGGAUCCGCGAGUAAUCUGGCAGAGCAGCGAGGCGAUGGCCAGUUGUCAAAUGCAGCAGGAAGCGGAGUAUAUAUCCGAUUGUGAUAUGGACUUGAAUGACUGUAAUCGGCAACGGAAAUAUCCCGGAAAAAGGACUGCUGAAAAUUCGCCAGCAAAACGUAAAAAGAAAAUGAAAUUGCCAGAAAUAUUUCGUUUUUUUGGCAAUAUCGAAAGAGUGCAGGACUCGAAUGCCAAGCCGGGAGCGAUAAGUGCCACUUGCAAUGCAUGCCACAGUCGCAUCAAAGGCUUCGUCACAGUUACCUCCAAUUUCAUAAAGCAUCUGCGUCUGAAGCACUUCGAGAUCCAUGCGGCAUUCAUCAGUGCCAAACAAGUCGGCAAUACCGAAACGCUGGAAGUGCAUGAGACCGAAUCCUUUGACCACAGAGUCAUGUCCUAUAUCAUAGAUAGUGCAGCGCCACUGUCUACCGUUGAGGAGCACAGCUUUCGCAAUAUGUUCAAGGGCACCAAUUUGCGGGUGAUGAGUCGCUCGAAACUGGAGUUGCGACUGGAUGCACGCUUUGGGCAAAUGUGUGAGAGCAUUAAGAAUGUGAUUGCCACACACAAAUAUGUCUGCACAUCGGCCGAUAUCUGGUCGCAUAGGCAUUGCAGCUACUUCGCCUACACCUGUCACUGGCUGGAUCAAAAGUACCAACGGAAAUCAACAGCAUUGGCCUGCCGACGGUUUACGGGCGAUUAUGCUCAAAUUGUGGAAAUGAUGAGUAGCAUUAACACUGAAUACGAUUUAAACAAUCUGAAAAUUGUGGCAACAGUUACGCAUAAUGGCUCGAAUUUUGCAAAAGUAUUUCGCGAAUUUGGCAUACAAAAUGACAAUAGCUAUGAUGAUGAAAGCGAUUGCUGCCACGCGGAUGUGGAUGCUGCCUCAAAAGUCUUGGCUUACAACACUUUACCAAAUCACAUUCAAUGCGCCAGCCACACUCUAAAUUUGUUGGCAUCAAGCGAUUUUGUGCAACUCCUUGGCGAAGAUAAAGCGUUAAGGGAGCGUCACUCAAAGGUCUUUGCCAAAUGCAGUGCGCUGUGGCGCAAAUGCAAUUGCCCCAAGUCAGCCGAGAUCAUUCAAACAGUAUUGAGUGGAGGAGCGCUUAUCGCACCCAUUUCAUCGCGUUGGAACUCCAUAUAUGAUGGCAUUUGCUAUAUUCUCUCACAUAAAGAGAAACUGGCUGAGCUCUGCAGCAAAUUGGCGUUGCACAAUUCGUGUUUCUCCGCGGGAGACAUACAAUAUUUGGAGGAAUAUCGAACUCUGAUGGCACCCAUUGCAUCCACGAUUGAGUUUCUGCAAAUGGAGACCAAUUUGUACUAUGGUUGCCUCAUACCCGCCCUGACAUCGCUGUGUGUUAAGCUGAAAAGGAUUUCCGACUCCUCGGAUCUCAUCGAUUUGCGCAAUGUGGCACUUGAGCUGCAGCUGCGAUUAAAGCAGCGUUUUGCGAAAUAUGUGCGACUUGCUGAGGAUGCGAACAGUGCUAUUAUAGCCUCAGUUCUUUGCCCCACGGUUAAAAUGCGUUGGUUCAAUGCCCUGGCCAAAGUCUCGCCACAUGAGCGCAGUGCUGAUGAUAUACACAAGAUGAUUAUUGCGGAGGCUGUGCGGCAUGCCAAGGCUACCGAAAACAAUUACCAAGUGUGCCAGGAAUCCGCUCAUUCCAAGGAAAAAGAUGAUUUCUAUGAAUUUGAUGAAAUUGACGAUGCUUGCGAGACGAGUGAUUUGGAUAUGUCGCAGCCAUCGCCGUUGCCGCCGACAACGAAACUGGUCGAUGAUGUUGAGGCCCAGUUUCACAGUUAUCUGAGGGAUUCGGGUAAAUUUUUCGAGGUGCUGGACAAAUAUCCACUUCUCCAUGAUUUGGCAAUAAAAUAUAAUACGCCAUUGGCUUCGUCGGCGCCAGUUGAACGCGUUUUAUCGCUUGUGAAUGUAAAUAGAUAUGCCAGAAGAUCAGAUCUCUCCGAUUACUCAGUGGAAAAACUAGUUUUACUAAAAGCUAAUUGUACUGAUUGAACCCUAAUUAAGUAAUUAUUAGUAUUGUAAGCGACUAAGGUAACGGAUGUAUUAAUAAACUUAGUUGUAUGUGCAAUAAAUAAUAUAAUAUAUAAAGUUAAGGAAAAUAUAUAUGUAAGAAAUGGAAAUUGAAUUGAUUUGAGUUCAUAAUUUUAAAUAAAACAUAUAUGGAUAUAUAUAAGGUAUUAAUAUGCUCUUUUGAGUAUUUAAUAGUAAUAAAUGAUAAAAAUACAUCUCAA